UAAGUCGAUUUUUUAUAAUAUUAAAUAUAUAUAGAAUGAUACCUGUUAAUAGAAAAGGAACACGAUGAAUUUCAAAAUUGAAUUUUGAAAAACUGAUUAAAGACAUGGAUUAAAUAUCUAUAUCGAAAAAGCGACAGUAGAUAUACAUAGUUCAGAAAAAAGAGAGUCGAUAUUGUUGUGAUCGUGAAAGAGGCUGAUUAAUGGCGCCAGCAUUGGGCCAUGUCUUCUUUGGCCCAGAAUUCCUUUUCCGAAAAUACGACCAGCGGAAAAAACGUCUAAGGUGAUUUAAUGUUAUCGACAUUUUUUACACGAUAUAAAGUGAUUAAAAACAAUAAUCUGCGUGCAUAAGUGAAAGGAAAUUGGUACGCAUACUGCUACCAAUUGUGAAAGUUUGAAUGUCAAAUCGUAUGCUUUUGAUCGCAUUAUAAAUCGGAUGUCCCGCAUUGAACGAUUGUGUCAAUGUGGUGAACAAACGAAUCUGAGUAUCAAUUGAAUUUUUUACUUUGUUUUCUACAACUUUGUAUAUUUAGAUCAUAUUUGCAUACUGAGAAAUAUGGGUACGUUCGAUGGUGCACAAAGUGCACAGGAUGGAGGAGGAAUGCUCUCAAGAGAAUAAAAAAGUUGAGACAACGAUGCAGACUACGGUCGCAGUAGCGAAUACCUCAUCAGAUGACGUUUGUAACGCACGGGCACGUGUAUCUUGCCAAGAAGAGUUUACAUGUUCUUUGUAUAUCUCGCGUGCUGUCGGGCCACAAGGUCAAGUGCAAGGAAUACAAAGUGGUGGCGAGCUGCUACGUUCUAAUCUAGAAGAGGUAAUCCGCGCAUCCGACCCCUUAGCAGCCUGGCACGUGUCUGAAACACCUUGUGGUUUGAUUGCGGCAUUUACUUGCGAAGCUGAUGCAGAAAAAUUGUUGCAACGUGGCGAUUUGGCACGUGUUUUCGAAGGACCUGUACAAGUGGCUCGAUUUUCAGCGAAAGAUUCUCGUUAUAGACAAGCGGUUCUUCUUCGCGAUGUACCCUGGGCUAUUCCUUUACAGGAUAUCAAUUCUGCAUUAAUGAAACAAGGAAUUGCAACAGGAAGUGUUGAACGUUGGCGACAAUAUAUACGCGUUGAGGUAUUAGAUGCUGGACAUUACGAACUCUUAUUGCGUCAAGGACUGGACUUUUUCGGUGCUGCUCGAUUCAGUGCCAUCCCAGAGCGUUGGUGGCGCGGAGGAACCGGAAGUACUGGUGGACCGUUGCAGGCAGGACCAGGAAUAGUUAGCAACUUUCUCGAAGCAUCUAAUUUUCAAACAGGGGACGGUGUUCUCCAGUGUUAUCGUUGCCAGGGAUUCUGGCAUAUGGCUGCCAACUGUAGACACUUGCCACGUUGCGUUCGAUGUGGAGAACCACAUAGUGUUGAGUUUUGUCCCAGACCUCGAAACAAUCCUAUUUGCUGUCAUUGUUCCGGUCCUCAUCAUGCUGGCUACCGACAAUGUCCGGUUCGACAACAACUUUCGAACGCUACGCCUAUUAGUAUCACACUAAGCACUACUCGGAUUGGAAACCAAUAUCCCAUGAAUGCAGCCUCCAAGACGAACGCGUCCGCUCACGAGCAACAGCCCUUGAAGUCAAGUCAAUCUUAACGAAAUAUUACUGCACGUCGACGUAUCGACUGUCCAUAUAUUGACUUCAAGAUCUUGUAAAUUGCUCGCGUUUAUCACUGCUUAUUGGUAUAUUACGAUCAGUUAUACGGUCAGUUAUAAAUUUUAAAAAAACAAAGAAAUUAAUGGAGAAACGAUGAACAAAACUAUUUCUUUAUUUUUUAUAUGUAAUUUAAACGAGUUUUUAUAAAUUUUAAUCGUUAUAUUAUUAUACUCGUUAAAUAACUGAAAUUAAAGAUAAUACAUGUAUAUAAAAGUAACAUUUUAAUUAUUUUCAAUAUUCGAAUGCAAAUCAUGUAAAUUUUUGAGAUUAUCAGAAACAUAAUGUAAAAAUUAACCAUAUAUGUACACACUAACCAGACGAUUUUCUACUUUUCGUCCUACUUUCUUCGUCCUAGUCUUUCUGAAUCUGGGUUCCCCCUCCUUCAAGUAAAUUCGUGCAUAUUGUUGGACGAUACUUUGUAACUGAUAAAAGAAUGAAAAUGGAGGGGUCUGAACAGGUAUACUUGCGAAUUCUCUAGAUCGAUAGAUCACGGUAGAGGGACGCCAGUUAAUUCCCGCCAGAUACUCGUUCCAUCGGCGCAGUUUAAAGUUGUUUCUUCGAGGGAUAUUCAGAAAUUUGUCGAGUAUUGUAGAAAUUCUGAAUCGAUCGAGACUAUUGGCAUUAACGUUCAAUUUCUUAAUAUUACUGCGUGCAUU